UCUUACUUGGUUUUCUUUGAAAAGAUUGCCUUACUUUAUUAGACCUUGUAGGUCCGUUGCAUAAAACAGAAAAUAUUGGAUUUGUAUAUAUCAUAAUUAACGACAGGUAUAAAGCCUUUAAAGGUAAGGGUUUGCGAAAUGUACAUAUUCGUUACGGUACUAUAUCGAUAGAUGUUAAAAGUUGAGAAUUUUUAAACAUCCUCCUAGUUAAUCAUAAGCAACUUUAUUUUUUCAUUCGGCAUGUAUAUACCUGAGAACCGAUCUUGCCCACUUUCAGUAUUAAUGACGAAACAAAGCGUUGAAUUUCUUGCUAUUCAGUUUGAUUUUAUAUUCCGUGUCGCGAAAACUUCGCGGUUUAUGUUGAUCAAAUUUAAAAAAAAAAUCUAUUGGAUGCUUUUCAGCCCCAUAGUUACAAUCAUAUCAUAUAAUAACCCGAUAUUUGGUUAUAGAGAAGAUCUCUUCAGGACUUGAUAAAAAAAAAAAAUACUGAGAUGCAAACAUAAUAAGUCUGAUAGCAUGCGUUGAUGUAUAGGUUUGAUGCUUUUACAAAAAUUAAAAGAUUUACUAAAUUAAUCUGUUCAAGUUUUGUUUUACCUUUAACAUAACAUGACUUAGGGAGGAGCAUAAAUUUUGAUAACAAUUAAAAAUCAUUAGGGAUAGAGUUCGGGGUUUGUUGUUCUUUUUUCUUUUGUACAAUGGUGGACUUGUGCUAUGGACUCGAGUUGGUGUUGUUGUGUUAAAGCAACCCUCAAAUCGUAAAUUGUUGCGGUAGGAAAUUAAGAAGCGACUGCAUUUGCACUAUUACAAUCGAUGAGCAUUAACAACGUUAACGAUAACAGUAAGCCAGUUAAGGGUAGUUUCUCGGUCUUUUUUUUAAGGCAAUGCCAGGUAAGUAGUAGUAUCACACGAAGGGUAGAUAUAUAAACUCAAACCUUUGCACAAGAGAGUCUCAGUUAUAUUUUGUUUGCGAUCGUUAACAUAACUUUGUAGAAGGAAGAAAUAUUUUACAUUAAGCAAAAAUGUCGCGUUCAUUUUUAGUGGAUUCAUUAUUAAGUGAUAACAUAUCAAAACUUGAUCGUAAAAAAGAGACUCUAAGCUCACCUGGGAUGGCGAGAGCUGCGGUCACUCAUCCAACGACAGCACAAGCAGCAGCCGCUGCUGCAGCCGCGGCUAUGUUGCCCAAUUUCCCUAUAUUAUCCUACCCGGGCGGUUAUGUAGGCAGCUAUUUGUUUUCUCUAACUUUGCAACAUCAGCAACAACAAGAUGCUGCUGCUGCCGCCGCCGCAUUCCAAUCACAGUCUUAUAAUCAACAACAUCAUUCCUGCAACAAUUUAUAUUCUCAUAAACGUAAAUAUUAUUCCGUUUUAAAUAACGUCCCUGGCGGAGUGCCCACACCAACUGUUGACCCAAUAUUACCGCCCAUAUUUCCACAAUCUGAAACGGUUUAUCGUACACCGCCUUCAUUAUACAGCUCUGCUCCAGAAUAUUCGCACAGUGAGGAUUCCAUUACUAGUAAACGAUUUAAAUACAAUUCAUCUUGUUCGCCGGGAAGUUCACCGCUCAAAAAUCAAGCGUCUUGUUCACCAUCGAUCGGGGAAACACCCAAUCCCAGAACGACCAACAUUUCAAUGGACAUUACUCCCGUAGUUUCUGAUUAUGCUGAUUCAAGUAAACGUAUACGCACAGCUUUCUCAAGUUCGCAGCUAUUGGAGCUGGAACGUGAGUUCUCGAUAAAUUCUUAUCUCUCUCGCCUUAGACGCAUAGGAAUAGCUAAUCGCCUGCGUCUUUCGGAGAAACAAGUAAAAAUCUGGUUUCAAAAUCGUCGCGUUAAACAAAAAAAAGGAGAUUCCGCUUCACCCAUAUUUAAUCGAUCGAGCAAUACGGAAUCAGUGAGCCCUUCAUCAUCUCAAAAUUAUUCCAGCCCAGCCGAAUCACCUACGCAACAGCGUCUUGCAAAUGAUUGUUAUUCGGGUAACUGCGUAGAACCGUGUUCCAUUAAACAAGAAAAUUAA